CCUGGUGGUGGCUCCCAGCACUCAGUAGACACUAGCUUGGCACUUAGUGCUAGGCUCAGUGUCAUGGCUUGGCUCUCUCUAUCCUCAGCUUCCCCUAGCUGCUGACCUGCUGCCUCUCAUGAAGAGAUAAUGAACCCAUACCAGUACCGGGCACCUCCAGUAGGCAUAGAACUCGUUCCACGACCCUUAAAGAUGAGACUAACAGUUCGCUCUCUGAGUGGUAACUCAGGAUCACAUGGGAGGCAUGGAACACUCAGUCAAUUACUUGGUGUUUCUACAGGAAUAUUUUUAGGGUUCAUACUUACAGCAGCUAUUAGACACUUAAUGCUCAAACCUCAUAUGUGCUUAUCUUUAAGAAAUGUGCCAAUUUAUGAUGAUAAGAAUGAUGCUUAUAGAAUAAUAGGAUUUGACAUUAGUAAAGAUACUCACAAUAGUGCUAAAAACUUACUGUUUGUUGGUGUUAUGACAGCAGAUAAAUAUUUGGAUACUCGUGCUAAAGCUGUGUAUGAAACUUGGGGCAAGCAGUUGCCUGGAAAAAUAGCAUUCUUUUCUUCAGAAACAUCAACUACGAAUGUUGAUAUUCCUUUAAUCAGAUUAAGAGGUGUCGAUGAUUCAUAUCCUCCACAGAAAAAGUCAUUUAUGAUGAUAAAAUAUAUGGCAGAACAUUUUGCGGACCAUUUUGAGUUUUUCAUGCGUGCAGACGAUGAUAUAUACGUCCGCCCUGACAAAUUAGAGCUCUUUUUACGCUCUGUAAAUAGCACCAAGGCUCAUUUCAUAGGGCAGGCUGGCAAAGGAAACCAAGAAGAAUUUGGACACCUCUCCCUGAAGAUGGAUGAAAACUUCUGCAUGGGAGGCCCAGGUGUUAUCAUGAGUCGCAGCACGUUGUUACAAGUUGCUCCUCACGUUCGAGACUGCCUCAAAAACCUCUGGUCAACCCAUGAAGAUGUUGAAGUAGGACGAUGUGUAAGAAAAUAUGCUAAAGUCCCGUGUACCUGGUCAUAUGAAAUGCAAAGUAUUUUGUAUCACAACAGCAGUGGCACAGAAGCUUUUACAGGUCCACUCAAACAACGGGAGGUGCACCGAGCGAUCACCCUCCACCCCAUUAAAAACCACACUCACCUAUAUCGACUCCAUUCUUACAUUCAGGGUUUAAACAUAAGAUCAAGUGAGGCUGAGUUAGUACAUCUUGUGCGUGAACUGACAAAAACAAGUGAAGAGGCAGGACUCCCAGUGCCACACCUUGACAACCCAUCCUCUGGCAUCUACCUUAACCAUUUGGGCACUGAUGUGACUCUACAGAAAUGGGUAGCUGACUCUGAAGAGGAAGUAUUGUAUUGGGACUUUGUGAGCAAGGCAGCAUUCCAGCCAGGUAGUGCCAAUCCUCGCCACAAGCCCACUUCUGGUAUGACUGAGGGAUUGGCUGAUGUAAUACGAGAUGUCAUGGAAAUAAUUAACAGAGUGUCUAAAGAACGUGGACGAGUGAUUGACUUUAAGGAAGUGCUGUAUGGCUACAUUAGAUGGCAUCCAACUCUAGCUUUAGAGUACAUCCUAGACAUGUUGCUCCUAUACAAAAAAUAUAGAGGGAAAAAGAUGACAGUACCAGUUCGCAGACAUGCAUACUUGCAGAUUCCAUUUGGUCCUCUGUAUAUUCGUGAAUAUGAAAGUGCAGGGAUAGAUGAAACAUUGGAAUCACCAUCUGGAAUUCACGAGUUAGUGGAAGUGGUUGUAAAAGGCAGCAUUAAUGAUCUCUCAAAGCUCCAUUACCAAAUUCCGUCUGCAGCAUUUCCAAGAACUCAGAUGAAACCAAAGAAAAUUCAUUUCAUUUUACCUCUGGCAGGAAGGUUUAAAACGUUCCAACGUUUUAUGGACGACUUUCAACGAGUAUGUCUAGAAGGUGAAGAGAACGUUCGGCUGGUGGUGGUGUCCUUCCGUCCAUCACCAGGAGAAGAUGACACAACGGAGGAUGUGGAGGCACUUAUCUCCAGCCUUCAGCUAGACUAUCCUCAUAUUGUGAUGACUGUUCUUCAGGCAAACACUACUUUUGCUCGAGCACUGGCUUUGGAACUGGGCACUGGUCAGUGUCAGGAUAAUGACCUGAUGUUCUUCAUAGAUGUCGAUAUGACUUUCACCUCCUCUACUUUGGAUAGGAUUCGUCUUCAUACCAUAAAAGGAUAUCAGAUAUACUACCCCAUCGUCUUCAGUGAAUUUGACCCAAAAUUUGCAAGAAAAGGAGACAGUGAAGAUAAUUAUGACCAUAGUAUGAUUAAUGAGGAAGUUGGCUAUUGGCGAACUUUUGGAUAUGGUAUUGUGGCCAUGUACAAAUCUGAGCUGCAGGUAGCAGGUGGCUUGGACACGUCCAUUCUUGGUUGGGGCGGUGAGGAUGUUGAUCUCUUUGAAAAGGUGCUGAAAAGUGGGAUUCGAAUCUUCCGAUCUGCUGACCCAGGUCUUGUCCACGUCUUUCAUCGUGUUGACUGUGAUCGUAAUCUAGAAUCCUCUCAGUACCAGAUGUGCCAAGGUACACGUUAUAGUACAUAUGGUGCUUCUCAAUCCCUUGUAAAAACAAUUUUGAAAAACCCUGAAAUACUGGCAUAUAAGAGAGCAAAUCCUUAGGUGAUUGAUAGAAAUUUUCCUUGUUCAACAAUAUAUUUUUUGUACUUUAUCAUUUGUAGCAGUGUCAGUCAAGGAAUUUAAAGCAUCUAGCCUUAACCUAAGCAGAUCUCAAAACUGGGUAUAGUUAAUCAGAGAUAAAACCAUCAACAAGUCAAAUUUUUUGUGAAGAUACCAUUGUUUUUUUUUUUUUUUUUUUGCUUAAUAGCCAUCUGCCAAGGCAGCAUAUGUAUAUUCCAAGCAACAUUUUAAAUAGAUGAGAGAGAAUUGUGAUAUCUGCAUGACCAUCAGCAACAUUUGCUAGAAUGAUUAAUACAGUCAAAUACUAGGAAUCUUCUAUGUAAAAAAAAAUGAUGAUUGGUUCUGGAUGGAGGAAAAAUAGAUCAGAAUUUAAAAAGAGUUGGUUAUGAAUACUAGCAAUGCUCCAUCUAAGUGAGUUACCAUAGUUAUUUUGAAAGGGUUAGUUAGGAUCAUUUGCAUAAUCACUGAAUACUUUUUGAAGUUUUUUCACAGCAGUACUGCAAAGUAAAAAGUGAAAAGUGUAUUAUAAAUUUCUGUAAACAAAUGAAAAUGGAGAGGAAUGGACAUGGAGGGAGGCAUUCAUCAAGGUCUCUGCUUCAGAUGAAGAAGGAAUGGAUGAAUGAGGAAUUUUGAUCGGAAGAGUCCCUUCAAGAGAGAUUCCUUGAUACUGGUGAGUGGGUCUUGAUCCAAGAACUUGGAUUUGCUCUCCCUUUCCUUGGAUCAAACUUGAAAGCCUCACACACUCCUGUGUGACCUCUACUAGUUAUCACCCCACCUCCAUGAAUGUAAUAAUUGAUUAUACAGUAUUUUAAUUUAAAUUGAUACCUUAUACAAAAAAUACUAUUCACUCAUUUCUUGAAUAGAUAAUGAAUAAGAAUUACAUUUAAAUGUCUAAUAAUAAUGAAUAAAAUAAUACUGUAUCUCUUGUCGAAGAUUUUGAACCAAGGAAGCAAUACUGUAUUGAGCUGAUACUUUUUUGAUUUCUGUAAGUUUUAAACAAAUUAAAGCUUAGUUUUUCCAGAAGCAGUCUUGAUUCUUAGAUUCUUUCAAAUCAGGUUAUUGCCAUAUUUAAAUGUAACAAUAUUUGUUUCCUUUGUUGUCAUCUGUUCUUUUUCUCCACUCAUUUUAUUUUUUCAUUCUCCUUCCCUUCAUCUCAUCCUCCUGUUUAUCAUUAUUAUUCUUUCUCCUCUAUUCAUCAUCUUUCAACUAAUUACCCUCUUCCUCAUCUUCACACUUUACCUUCUCAUCAUUCCCUUCUUCUCCUCUUUCUCUUGUGUAACAAUAAUAUUAGAGUUACACUUUUUGAAAGCAUAAAACCAGUGGUGCCUCUUAAGUAUUAAUUGACCCUAGAGCUGUUUCAGCAUGAUAUAUAGUUAACAAGAUUGCCCAUUGCCUUCAUUAUUUUUAGUCACAAUAACAAAAUUACUACUCAAAGCUUGUUGGUCAUCAAUGUCAUGAUACUGUAGUGGUAUGGAUGAAAACUUUUUGGAUAUCUGUGAUACUUAAAAAAAAAAAAAUAAUGGUUUGUAUUGUUUUUGCUUUCAGUAACACUUAUACAAUGUCUCUUGAUGUUAUUCAUCAAAUGGUACCAUAUGCUUAUUAUUGAAAUGUAUGAAUUUUUAAAGUAGUAUUUAAUGCAGUAUGCUUUAUUUAAAUUAGUGCAGUUCAUGAAUCUGUUUUCAGUGCCCAUGUUUAAAAUAACAUACAGCUAUGCAUAUAGACCUCUUUAUUUAAUUCACCAUUCAUUUUAACCAUUUUAAUCUGCCUACAAGAGUUACUUUUCAUGAAUAUAAAUUCUUCACCAUCUCUUCCUUUUCCUAGUAAUAUUAUUUAAUAAAUGCUUAAUAGCAUUUCUCGGAAGAUUGGCAUAGUUGCAUCUGAAAACAGAAGAAUUAACAACAACAUAAAUAUAGAAGUUCUUUGUAUGGCAGUGGUCAACUUGGAGUAUAUAGUAAUGUACGCAUAAUUGAUAGGUGUACUUUGCUGUUUAUCAUUGUGUUGUGAUGUUAUUAUAUGGUUAAUAUUAUGUUUUGCGUCAUCUGACAUUCCCUUAAUACCGUAUUUUGCGGCUUACAAGACUUGUUUUAGUUUCAAUGGCUCGGCAUCGAACGUAACUGGGAAAGCUACAGCUCCCAUCACUGACCUUCAGUUUAUAGGAUGCAGGGUGGUUUUUGGAGACAUUUUAUGGAAAAAAAAUGUCUAAUAAGCCGUGAAAUACAGUAUAUGUUGUAAAAAUUUUCAUUUGCAUGGUUACACUUACAAAUAUGAAUGAAAAAUCCAACCAGAGUACAGUAGGUUAAAACCUCAUUUUAGGCAAGUUGCUGAUAACCUGAAACUAUAAGAAAUUAAUUUCAGUUUCUUAUAAACAAUACUUUUAAGUAUACUGUAUGAGUAAAUAUUUGUGAUCACAUACCUGAAGCUACAGGAACAGAACUAUGCUUGUGUUGUCCAGUCUUCACUCUUUAAUUUAUCAUAUACUCUUAAGAAAUUUCUAAUGGUUAUAUCAUUUUGUAGUUGAUCUUAUAUCCCAUUCCCUUGUGCUACAACACAUAACAAAAACUUUAUAUUAUUUUCUCGACACUUUUUUUUUUUCUCAGUUUACAAGUGUUGCCUCUUGUUCUCCUCGAAUACCUAAGAAAUCAUUCGUUUUUAUACAUAUCUAUGAUUUUGUAUGUAGUUACCAUGUUUCCUCUUUUCCUCCUUUCAUCCAUGGCAGUUUUAGUGUUUUAAGUCUUUGUAACUUAUUUUUCAGCUAUGAAUGCUAUUUUAUAACAUGUCAUUUUACCCACACUUUUUUUUUUACCAUGCCAUCACUACUUAAUUUAGUUCUGCCUUAGUGCUUGCCAGUAACAGGAUUUUAUCAUGCCCUAAAUGUAUAACUGAAGGCCCUUUUAAAGUUUGCCUACAAGUUUCUGAUAAUCUAAUUUAUGAUCUUCACUUUAAUAUUCUUAAUUUGAAAUGUUAUCUUAUUUUCUUACUUCCAUUACAUCACAUUUUUUAUAACAUUAAAUUUCAUCACCCAUAUAUCAUACCAUUUGCUCAAUUCAUACACAUUUUGAUGGGAUUUAAAGUAAUUUUUUAUUACUUAUUUAUGAUCUCAGCAUCACUUGCAAACAUGAUCUAUAAUCUUAGACUGUUAUCCAUUGUGGCAAGUCUAUUAUAUCAAUUAGAAACAUUUUGACAUUCACCGACACUCGUGGAAAAUUUUUUUCUCACUGCAUUUUUAUUAACAAAUCUCUCAUCCCAUAGUUUGCCUUGUAUUCGUCCUAUGUAUUGCUGUCAUAGUAGCAUAGUAAAUUUGAUAUACAAUAUAUUUUACAGGUAAUUUGUGUAAGAUUCUUAAAUCAGUAACUGUAUUGCUGUUGUGAACCUCAGCCUCCUCUUCUGAGAGGAUGCUGCAGGCCUCAUAUAAACUCAUGGUGACCCUGACAAUAUUCCAUUUCCAUGCAGUAUAGAACUAAUUAAAUGUAGUUCCUAUUGUCUAGGAUAAAACUAGUAAAACAUUUUUGGAAUAACUAUUUUUCUGCUAGAACUUAUUUUUUCAUACUCUGUGUAAGGAGUCCUUUAGGUUUAAUGGUCUUUGCUGCACAAUGGCAGCAGAAUGUACUGUAAUGUAUCAUGUCUAUUAUUGUCAUUCUCAUCCCUAGUCCCAUAUUAGGUUUGAAUAUGAAGGUAUAGACAACACAAAGAAUGUAAAAAAUCUUUUUAAGGCUCUCUUAUUGUGUUGUCUCUCAAAUUGUAAUUUUUUUUUUUAAUGCAGGACAAUUAAUAUAGAAAUGGUUUAUUUAUUGUAAUUAAUAUUAUUAGCAGUGCAUUAGCUCCUGUAAAUUUUUGCCUUUUGUAAAAAAUGAAGAUUUAUGCAGAGUAAUUGUAACAGUAAUGUUUGUAGCCAAGGCCAUCUUACAAAGAAUAGAGAAUUAGGCAGAGUAACUUAAUUUUUCUUUUUCUUAACAAAUCCUGUUGCUGUACAAUCCAUGCAGGUUAAAAAAAAAAAUAUACAUUUAUUUUUAAAUAUAUAAUCACCUUUAACAAAUAGACAAAGCCUAUCUCCUAAAGGUGAUUGAUUGUUAAGAAACUACAAAAGUAACUUGUUUAGCAUAGCC